GCCCCCGCUGCAAUGGAAACUUGGAAGGAUUAUCCGCACGUUACCCGGCAAGGAUGGAGUGAUCAGAGUCGUGGAUUUGGACACGAAGCAUGGAAGUCUGCGGAGACCUGUGUUCAAGUUAGCCAGGUUGCCGCUGGAUUCAGCACAUGAAGAAGUUCAGCCCCGGCCGCCCCAGGAUGUUCGCGCGACAGCGCGACGUUUAUAAAUGUUCGGCUCAACUCGGGUGCCGUCGCCCGUACGCACCCCGCACCUCUCAUAACAGUGCGGUACAUGACGGCACGCGGAGAUACGCUCGUUCGAUAUUGAGUAAAUUGUGCGCGCGCGCCUUUCGAUACUAAGUAAAAGGUUGAGUGUGAACCGGUGAAAAGGUGUAUGUGCCACCCAUCGCAGAGGAACACCACUACGACCGUGAUAGUGCCAGCAUCAGCUCCAAGUAAGUCCCGUUUUCCUACCUACCCUUUCGUGUCCGCUCAUUCUCCGCAGAGUUCAUUUGCUCCCUUUCAGCUCAUCAGCUCACGUUUAAGGUGACGCUCACCUGCGUCACCAGUCACUAAACAAUUAGUAUAUCAAACCUUUUUGAUCACUAGAUUUUUUUUGUCUAUUUUUAGUACUGGUCUGACAAAAAAAGUUCAAUUAAAAAAAAAGUGGCAGCACAUGCUGCAGCUAGGCGCAGGACUGGUGGUGGUGUGGAGGAUGAAAUUGAGCUAUCAGAAAUAGAGGAGCGUAUAGUUUCAUUAUGUGGUGGUGAAGGCUAUUCCAUAGGAAAUCCAAACGUCCGUUAUAAUCCAUUCCCGGAGGCAAUACCACAAGUUGCAGUACAAGAUGCUGGCACUUCAUAUACAUCCAAUGUUAACAAAAGUCCCGUUUUAUUUGAGGAACAUAUUCCGGUGCUGGUGAGUAUUUAGUUUAAAUCAAUGCAUGACGGGUCACUACUUUCGGUAUAAAAUAUUUGCUAUAUUUAAGGAGCUACAACAAAUAGAAAGUACCAACCAAAAACGUCAAAAUACUGCAAGGAGACUUUUUGCCAGCUUGGAAGAUGUUUCAAUCGCUGAAACAAGCCAGAACAUCCCACAGCAAGUGCUUCAAGUACCGAACUUGUCACCUCCCCCUCCUACUCUUUCACAUACGCCAAGCCCCCUGUCUAUGCCCAUUGCUUCCCCCUCUCGUCGCGGCACUACCACCACCGCCGGUACCAGCUCUCGCCCCAGCGUAGUAAUUCGUCCUCGUCGAAAUGAUGCACAUCCAUCAACGGGUCAAGAACGGCCUAUUUUGCGGUCAUCCUCCCCCAUUUCAACGCAAAGAACUCCUUAUCGCCGUGGAACUACAGGUAGCUCCAGCCGCAGUAGAGCUCGCAUUAGUCGAGAGAUUGGAUCGUCUUCAUCCCGACACAGGCGACAUGCUAUUUCUCCACCUUCACAACGACGGGCAGAGCUUACUCGUAUUACCGAGAGGUUUUUGCGGGUGGAGGAACAGCAGGUGGAGAUUCAGCAGGUUUAUACGCGUGUUGUUCAAGGCCUUUUGGAACACAGUAUCUCUACUCAGUCUCUCAUAUCUACUGGACAUGAGAGACUCGUAGAAAUUGUCACGACCAUCGGGGAGCGGAUAGUCGACCGGCUGUACGAGAGAGAAAGACUAUUUGCGGAAGCAGCGUUGUCAAUUGGCCAGGGUUUAAAAGCAUUGGCAGAAGCUGCUAACGCUUUUAAACCACCACAAUAAAUUGACCAAAUUUUAAUUUUUAAUAUAUGUACUUCCUUUUUUAUAAUUUAAUAUUAUAUUAGAUAUAAUUUGUACCUUUAACUUUACCUUUAUAAUUUUUUCUAAACGUUUUACAAUAUAAUGAUA